UACAAGGUAACUCAACACUUGCUCACUACAAAUCGGUGCAGCACUUUCUCGUGCCCGAACGUUUCCCGGGGGCUGGAAUGGCGCAGCAAGGAAAUGUGAAAGACAGGGUGAAACUCUGCUGUUCCAUCUGUUUGGACCUACUCAAGCAUCCGGUGACCAUCCCCUGUGGACACAACUACUGCAGGAGCUGCAUUAAGAGCUUCUGGAACGAGGAUGAGAAGAAACCCGACAGCUGUCCUCAGUGUCGGCAGACUUUCACCAGCAGACCAGCGCUGGUGAAGAACACCAUGUUGGCAGAGUUAGUGGAGGAGCUGAGGAAGACUGCACUCAGCGAUCCUGCAGCUGAUCCCAGCUGCACGGAACCUGAGGAUGUGACCUGUGACCUCUGCCCUGGGAGCAAGAUGAAAGCCAUCAAGUCCUGCCUGGUCUGUCUGGCCUCAUACUGUGGGCAGCAUCUGCAGCCGCACUAUGACUGUCCUACUUUUAGGAAACAUAAACUUGUUGAAGCCUCCUUCAGGCUCCAGGAGACCAUCUGCUCCCGUCACAAUGAGGUGAUGAAGAUUUUCUGCCGCACUGAUCAACAGUGCAUCUGUUACCUCUGCUCCAUGGACGAACACAAAGGCCACGACGCCGUUUCUGCUGCAGCAGAGAGGACGGAGAAGGAAAAGGAGCUCAGCGAAAGAAGGCAGAAAAUCCAGCAGAGAAUCCAGGACAGAGAGAAACGCAUGAAGGCGCUUCAACGGGAAGUAGAAACCGUCAGUCGCGAUGCAGAUAAAGCAGUGCAGGACACCGAGCACAGAUUUAAGCAGUUGAUCCACGCCAUUGAGAGAAGAAUGUCGGAUGUGGAGAUGCAGAUCAGAUCCAGGCAGAAAGCCAAAGUCUGCCAGGUGGAAGAGCUCCAGGAGAAGCUGGAGCAGGAGAUCAGCGAGCUGAAGAGGAGAAGCAGCGACCUGGAGAAGCUCUCUCACACAGAAGAUCACACCUGGUUCCUCUGCAGCUACACCUCGCGCUCAGCCGGUCAGGCUGCGGGCCUCCUCUGCACGAAGACGAACCAGCUGCUGGACUUUAAGGACGUGAUCGCGGACGUGACGGCGGCCAGAGAUAAGAUGCUGAAUGUUCUGAGUGGGAAAUGGCUGCAAGCAGAACUGAGGAACAGAGCGGACUUCCUGAAACACUCAUGUCAGAUCACACUGGAUCCAAACACACCCAACACGUUCUUGGCUUUAUCUGAGGGCAACAGAAAGGUAACAUAUAACAACAAAAACGGGCCUUAUCCUUAUCAUCCACACCGGUUCGUCAGAAUAUCCCAGGUUUUGAGCAAAGAGGAGCUAAGUGGACGCUGUUACUGGGAGGUGGAGAGGAGCAGGGACGCUACAGUGGCAGUGGCCUACGGGAGCAUGAGGAGGUCAGGGAAUUUUAACGGACGGGUUUUUGGACACAACGAGAAGUCGUGGGCAUUGCACUGCAACACAACGUACACGUUCCUGCACAACAACAUCUCAAAAAGCUUCUGCGGCCCUGCGUCGUCCAGAAUAGGCGUGUACCUGGACCACAGCGCAGGCGUUCUGUGCUUCUACAGCGUCGGCGACACCAUGACCCUCCUGCACCGAGUCCAGACCAGGUUCACGGAGCCGCUCCACGCCGGGCUGGGUCUGAGCGAGUGCAACGGAGACGCCGCUGAGCUGUGUGAGCUGACAGACUAUGACCGCAAGCCUGAGCAGCAGUAGCCAGUCAAACUGUACAGAUUCAAUAAAGACGACUAAAAGGGCAGUUUGUGAGAUUCAUGCAGUGCGUCAACUAUAAAAAGCCUGGUGGUGAAGUCGGUAGAGCGUCGGCCUCGGAAGGCAAAGGUCCGCGCAGGUCUGCAGCAGGUGCGUCCUUGAGCGAGACACCGUGAACUUGCUCCUUCACUGGGUCAAAAUGCAGAGAAUAAUUGCCCCAAUGUGGGACCAAUAAAGUUCAGUUAUUAUUAAACUCAAUGCGGCAACGGGAUUUGUUUCUUUCAGUGUUUUCAGUCUUAACAGAAGCCGCACAUUUAUGCUUCAGGGUGCUUUGACUCAACAACUGACCUGAAGCUGCUGCGCUGAGCAGACAACGGGCGUCAGUCAACGACUGGGAUCACACGUCAUGACUCGCUGUUAGCGCCUGCAUUCUCCUGGUAAAACAUGAAGCAGGAAGAAAGUCACCAUUGUAUCCAGACAGAAUUUUCCACUGUGACGGCUUUUUGACCCGUUUUCACUGUGUAUCACUUACAGGUCCUGUGUCUUUGUAUGAGCUCGGGUUGUGUUACACUUAGAACUUAUGUAUCUCCCUUGUUUUUGUCAAGUGCAACCCAUUUGCCUGCCUGACAAAAUCAUAACCUGUGCUUCAGUGCAGACCUCAGUGAAAAUAUAAAAACAAAAAGGAAAAAAAUGAAAGGUUUUAAAUUUUAUUUGCAUGAAAACUUUGGAAUGUGUGGUUAUACAUAAAAUACCUAUUACAAAUCUG